AUGCCUUCCGAUAUGGAUCAACUGCUCGAUAUGGGCUUUGACAAGGCCCGUGCCGAAAUCGCCGUUAAGAAGUCCGGAGGCCUUCAAGGCGCCCUGCAAUGGCUCGAGGAUAACCAAGACAAAUCCAUCGAAGACAUCCAAGCCGAAGCCGCGGCCAAGUCAGCCGACGACGCAGAGGAUGAAGACGAGACCAAAGCCCAGAUUAGCGCGCUCGAGACUGGUAAUGCAAAGUCGCUAGUCUGCAACGAUUGCGGCAAGAAGUUUAGAACACCAGAUCUGGCCAGCUUUCACGCCAGCAGAACAGAGCAUACCGACUUUUCCGAAUCGACAGAAGAGAUAGCCCCUUUGACUGAAGAGGAGAAGAAGACGAGGCUCCAGGAGUUGCGAGAGCGGCUGGCGGCUAAGCGUGCCGGCCAGGCUGUCCAAGAUAAGGAAGACCAUAAGCGCAACGAGCAAAUUCGUCAAAAGUCUACAAAAGAAUCGCAAGCUGCCAAGGAAGAUCUGCAGCGAAAAGAGCAGAUCAAGGACGCCGCCCGCAAGCGCCAGGAGAAGCUCGACGACAUCGAGGCUAAGAAGCGCAUCAAGGCCAAGAUUGAAGCCGACAAGGCCGAGCGCAAGCGCAAGGCCGACGAGGCCAAGGCGGCGCGCGAGGGAAGAGCGCCAGAGGCGCCCGCACCUGCUGCCGCGGCUGCUGCGCCGGCGCCCAAGCCCAAGGUGAACCACGCUGAGGCCCGUCUGCGGUUGCAGACCCCCAAUGGCAACAUUAUGAAGACCCUGCCUGCCGAGACGACUCUGUUUGAGCUGGCCCAGGCCGUUCAGAGCGAAACCGGUACGGUGGUGAGCAGCUUCUCGACGACAUUUCCUCGACAGACGUUUCAGGGCGACAUUGACAUGUCCAAGACGCUCAAGGAAGCAGGCCUCGUCCCCAGUGCUGCUCUGAUUGUGAAAUAG